AUGAAUAAUUUCACAAAAGAUAAAAUCAUUGAAGAUGUAAUAAAAAGCCAUGAUAUAAAAAAUAUAAAUUUAUAUUUAACGAAUAUUGAAGAACAUAUUAUAAAAAUAAAAAAUGAAGGAACUAGUAUAAUUGAUCAGGUAUUCCUAGCUUUUAAUGGGUCGAUAAGUCAUAUAUCUUUAUACUCAUAUUUAUAUGAUCAUAAUAUUCAUGUCGAUGUAGAUUGCUUAAAUGUUAUUUAUGAAAAUAGUUAUAUAGAAGAAGAUAAACUAAUUGAGGAAGGUAAAGAUAAUGAUAAGAUUAUUGAAAUAACAAAAUUUGAUUCAGAACUUAUAUAUUAUUUAGUAAAAAUAUAUAAAGAAGAUUUUGAAUAUAACUAUAAUUUAACUGUUAAAGAUAUUGAAAAUAUUAUAAUAAAUUAUAAAGAAAAAAAAUAUCAUGAAACUAUAAAAUUAUAUAAAGAUAAAUAUCAGGAUGGAAUAAAAAUUUAUAAUACAUUUUUAGAUUUGAGUCAUUUUUAUUAUGAUGAAAAACGUAUGCAAUUUUUAAAAAAAAAAAAAAAAGAAUCUAUAGAAAAUUAUAAUGAAUAUAUAAAUGCAAAUGCAGAUGUAGAAUUUUAUGAUUUAAAAUAUCACAUAUUAAGUAAAAAAACAAAAGGUCAUCCAUCAAUUCUAUUUUGGUCUGAUGCAAUAAAUGAAAUACAUAUUAAAGACAAAACUAUUAUUACAUCUGUCGAUGCUGUAAAAUUAACAAAUACAGAUCAUCAGCAUAUUAUUGGAAUAUUAGGCUUAAAUAGAGAUGGUGAUUUAGUCAUACAAGGUAUUAGAAACGAAGUUAAAUUAGUUAUUAACAAGUCAUGUGUUAUAAAUCAUGGAAUCUAUUGUAUUGGGCAUGUUAUACUAGUUCAGGGUCGAAUCAAAUUGGCAAAUAAAACAUUUUAUGCCACCGAAAUCAUGCACCCCCCAAGGAAUUACCACGACGAAAAAAACGAAGGGGACCUAUUCUACAGCUUCGAAACUGAAAAGGACAAAAUUGGAAUGACCGAGUACGAGCUGAUCGUAAAAAAUAACGACAAAAGCCAAAACUGGAUAAUCAUGCAUGAUAUAUAUUUGGAUAAUCCCUAUACUUUUGAGAUCUUAGAAAAGAUGUUUUCUCUUUAUGUAAAUACAUAUCCAGAUAAUGAAUUGCCUGUUGGGUUUAUAUUAAUGGGUGAUUUUAUAAGUUUAAAAUUUGAUUAUAAUAAGCAUUUUAACAAUUUAUAUAUAAAAGGGUUUGAAAAAUUAUCAUAUUUAUUAAUAUCGAAAUUUAAAUUAAUUUUACAAAACUGUUAUUUAGUUUUUAUUCCUGGAAAAAAUGAUCCAUGUGCAUGUAAAAAUAGUUUACCAAAAUUACCAAUUCUUCCAUAUUAUAUUAAAAAAUUUAAAGAAAAUAUAGAAUCAUUUUGUCCUUGUGAAGACAGAAUCAUAUUUGCAACAAAUCCAUGUCGAAUCCGACAUUUUAACAAAAAAAUGAUAUUUUUCAGACACGAUAUAUUAAAUGAUUUAAUUUGGAGUGCUUCUAUAAAUGCAACAGAUGAUAAUAAACAGAAUCUUCAAAAUAUUUUAACUUCAACUAUUAUAGGUCAAAGUCAUAUAUACCCAAUACCUCAUGAUAAUCGAAUAUUAAAACGAUAUUCUCCAUUUUUAUUUAUAUAUCCUUUACCAACUUUUAUAUGUAUAUCUGAUAAUACAUGUAACAGUUUUAUAUCUUAUGCAUCAGAAAAUACUAGUGAUUCGAUUAUAUCAAAUUCAGAUAUGUCAUUUACAAAAAAAAAAGCAUUUACUGUAUAUAACGUUCUUCAACAUGAAGCAAAACGAUACAUUGUUCCUGUAUAA